ACUUCGAGAUAUUGGUAUGCAUACCACUUUUGCUUUCAUCUGCCCUCCCCAGUUCCGGUGAUUAAAAACAUGAUAUCACGCCUAGAUAGUAGUUGAUGCCUUCUGGCAAUGAUAUUUCCCUCAUCACCAAGAUCUCUGAGGAACAUCCUUAAAUCCAGACUUUGGAUCAUCACUCAUCUUUGCUUUGACUGGUUUCUAACCUUGUGCAAAUCCAGGUCCCGUCUCAAGUCUAUUAUAGCUCUCUUGACUCAAUGCUUAUCUCUUACAUUUCCCAAAAUUCUUCACAUUGUAGAAUCGGUUCCGCGUAGACUAGUAUCCUCCGUCUGGCUGGAUGUUGUAACAUUGUUAUAUCGAGCUUGGUUACAUGUUAACAGAAUUGAUGGCCUGCGUAGUUCAGAGAAAAAGUUUCAGCGCUAUUAAAGAUCUAAAUAUAUGCGAAAGUGACACAUGGUAAAGCUUUACGUGGAAAGAUGAUGAGGGGCCUACAUCAACCCCCUGUUUCCCUUUCGUGAAGUCCAUCUAUAUCAUUAACUGUAAUCGACCGAUUACGGAGACGAGGCUAUUACGAUGAACCCGCACCCAUCCCCGCGACACUAGCAAUUGGGCCCUCGCGACUCAGCA